UUCAGUUCUCGAUCGACCUAAAAGUUUUAUGACUUAAAUUGCUUUUUCUUAUAACAUAUUUCGAACCAAAAGUAUGUUGUGAAACAAUAUGAAAACGUGGAACUUAGUUUUUGUAAUAAACACUAUAAUUUGCAUUACCAAUGGAUACUUUACCAGAACAUCACGGCAACGUCGGGAAGUCGUUGGAGGAAGUCUAGAUAUAGUGUCCAAGAAUGUUCAGCCUAUCCAUGCUGAUGUUAAAUCAGAAAUGACGGUCACUGAGCAGCCCACAUCACGGACUACUCACUGCACCUUCGAAUCAACCCUUGAAACCCUUCAAGUCACGCCACCGGUCACCAUCUUUCAGCAGUCGCUCCGGAAAUCUCUGCCAGUUCCUAGCAGAUUAGAGCUGAUUAAGAGCAUCAGCCGGUUAGCAGCCGUAGUGGCGCUGGCGCUCACAGCUCUGGUAGAACUGUACCCCGCGUUGGCUCAUCUCUUUAAUACUUUUUAUAGCUUUAUGGUAUAAAUUCACUUUGUACAA